UUCUUCAUCAGAGUUCUAGUAUCCACUUAGUUCAUUAUGGCUACUUGUGGAGGCCUGAGGCAGUUCUUUGAGAAGCCAAUGCCGGAGAAUUCUUCGUUUUUAGAGUCACUGCCUACAUGGAAUCAUAUCACAAACAUAAAGCCGUUCGAAACCAGUAUUGGAUCAAUGACUGAACUCAUGCCGUCUAGUUAUGGUGAGAACAAUGGCAAGAAACCAGCAUUGGAUCCUCCACCUGGUUUGCCCAAGCAUAAGCAUCAGUUUAGUACUGACUCUUUGCAGCUCUGCACUGAAGGACUUGGGUCUGAGAGCUUUGAUUGUUGGAUGAUGGUUGAGAAAGAAGGGAAGAUGAUGGACAGGCAAUCAAGGUGUUACUUAGAGGUGAAAGCAAGGAGCAAUGGGAAGCGGUUUCUGUCCCCAAUAUCAACAUUAGGUAAGAGUGGCAAGCCAUGGAUGUACUUCAAAUCUUACAGGAAUGAUGGGAGGUUUGUGCUGAGAGAGAUGAGGAUCCCUACACAAGAGUUGUUCCAUGCUUCUCGUGAAGACGGGAGACUCAAACUCCAACUAGUUCAUCAAGAAGAUGAGGUCUAUAUG